AUGCCGCCCCACCGUGCCGGAGGGGCCGCAGGCGGCGGUGACACGAGCGCGUUCUUCGCGGCGACGCUAGUGCUCUUGGCUGUGUCUGUGGGGUUCGAGAUCGGCGUGCGGGGGCGACGCGAGCUUGCGCCCGUGGCCGCCGGCUUCGCCUUCUUCCAGGCCGCCAACGCCGCGGUCCGCGGCUCGGUCUCCCGCGACCCGCUCUUCGUCAACACCGCCGUAUCGCUCCUCCACUCCUCCCUCACCUCCGUCUCCGUUAUCUUUGUUCUUGUCCAUCAAUGGCGUAAUAAGGGCCUUGAGAACAUGUUUGAGCAUGAAGAACUAUUUGGUGGCAGUUGGAUUGGAGCAUAUUCUGCUCUGUGCUUUUCUUGUGGCUACUUUGCCUAUGACCAACUGGACAUGCUCCGUUACCGACUGUACAGUGGAUGGAUUCCUGGAAUUCUCAUGCAUCACUUGAUCCUACUCAUUUGCUUUACACUAGCUCUGUAUAGGAAUGUCACAAUCAACUACCUAAUUCUCUCCCUUGUAUGCGAGCUGCACUCCAUAUUUUUGCAUGUAAGGAAAGUGAGGCGGAUGGUUGGAUUUCUGGAUUUCAACAGAACAAUGGUGAAGCUGGAAUGGGUACUCAACUGGACUACCUUUGUGACAGCAAGGGUGAUAUGCCAUAUCUUGAUUACUUAUAAGCUCAUCGCUGAUGCCCACAAAUUUGGGAAGGGCAUUGAGCUUCCUCUAGCUCUUCUUGGUAUGGCAGGAAUGAAUCUGCUCAACAUAUUUCUAGGGCUCGAUCUACUUAAAGCAUUCACACGAGAAAGAAAUCAGCAGAACCAUCAGGAUUGA